GGGCCCAAAUUUUUGAUCUUUUGCUUUCUUCUACAGACCGCCGCAGAUUAUCGAGCAGCGUGGUACGUACUGGAAUAUGCCAACGGAGGGUCGAUGCCGUGUCUCUACCGAUCCCAACUGGAUUAUCGGCGGAGAUGCUGUCACGUGGGCUGCAUGCUCGCCGCUAAACUUGGUACAGGUUAUUGUUGUGAUGACCACAGGCUGAUGGCCGGAACCACUACCACCCGUUUUGCUUUCCAUUACCGAGGGGGCUUCACCGACAUCAAUCAAAAACACAGGUUUUGUUGUAUCUGCAUAUACAAUAGUCUGAGAGGAUUUAAAGUUGGUGUCCCAACUCUUGUUGGAAACAUCUUCACAACAUUGCCUUGGAGGCAGAGUGGCGUCUUCAACACCCAUCUUGAAGCAACCAAUGAUUGGCUGUUCUUUGCAACUCCACCCACUAACUACAGUGCGAUUGGAGAUACUGGUCUAAAGUGGAAAGCAAACCAAAAGAAAGAAAUACAAUUCCCGGAUCAUCAGCGGAUUGUCCUGACUCCUCUCUAUCUCAGACCUAUCCCCGGUCGUGAUGUUGAUUCUGAAUUGAAGAUGAGGAGCAAAAAAUGGGCUCUCGUCCUCUAUGAGUGUGGAGAAUUCUCUCUUUACUGCCUUUCAUUUUCAUGUUCCACCACCAAAGUUGAUCCGGAACAAAUGCCGUUGUUUCCAAAAUCUAACCCUCCUGAUUCUGAUCCUAAGGGUGAUUCUGAUCCUAAGGGUGAUUCUGAUUCUACUCCAAGACCACCAAGGAAGGCAGAGAAGGCAAAGAAGACUGAUGGGUUACCAAAAGCCUCUUCCUCUGUUUGUGUUGAGCAGACAAAAAGUUCAUCUUUUCUUGAGACAUAUGGUUCUGUCUGGUUUGCUAACGAGAUGAAAGCACUUUGUGAUGGUUGUGAACAGUUUAUGUGCUUCCCCCCAGGCCACAUCUAUUCAAGUAAACAAGGUGGGCUUAGGAGGUUGUACAACCCCCCGUGGUUCUCUGAGUUGGUUCCUUCAACCCCAUAUGAUCCCUUAGCGGUGCGCAAUACUUUUGAGAAGCAAGGGGAGGAGCUCUUUGGAGAUUACGAGUGGGAGAGGUUUGACUUACUGGUGCUACCUCCGAGUUUUCCUUAUGGAGGUAUGGAGAAUCCAAGAAUGGUUUUCCUGACGCCUACUGUUAUCAGAGGAGACGCCACUGGAGCUCAAGUUGUAGCUCACGAGCUCGCACAUAGCUGGACUGGGAAUUUGAUCACUAACAUCAACAACGAACAUUUCUGGUUGAAUGAGGGAUUUACAACUUACGCAGAGAGGAGAAUUGUGGAAGUUGUCCAAGGGGCGGAUAGAGCUACUCUGAAUAUUGGCAUUGGUUGGAGGGGUUUAACUGAUGAAAUGGAACGGUUUAAGGACAACUUGGAGUGCACUAAACUGUGGAACAAACAAGAAGGUGUUGAUCCAGAUGAUGUAUAUUCUCAGGUCCCAUAUGAAAAAGGAUUCCAAUUUGUGUUGCGAAUUGAGCGCCAGAUUGGAAGGACUGCAUUUGACGAAUUCCUCAAGAUAUACAUUGCUACUUUCAAGUUCAAGUCAAUCGAUGCAAACACAUUUCUUGAAUUCCUGAAAGCAAACAUCCCUGGCAUAGAGAAAGAGAUCAACCUACAGCUGUGGACUGAGGGCGUUGGUAUACCUGAGGAUGCAUAUGAACUGGCCUCAACCAUUUACACAAAGAUCAUAUCCCUGGCAAAAGAGUUUAAGGAAGGAAGGAUGCCAGGUGAGGAUGAUGGUGCUGAGUGGAACGGACAGGAAUGGGAGCUGUACUUGGAGAAUCUUACUAAAUCAUGUGAACCUUCUCAGGUCAUGGCCUUGGACAAGCGGUACAGACUAGCAGAAUCGAAGGACUAUGAAGUGAAGGUCUCGUUUCUGCAGCUUGCAGUCGCAUCCAAGUGCAGAGAGUACCAUGGGGAGGAUAAAACCGAAGAUUCUCGUCCCGAGAAGCUACAGAAACUAGCAGAGAAGACUCCAGCCAUUGUUUGAGGAUAAACAAGGUUUAAGAAUGUUGAAUCGCGCACUACUCUUCUUCUCUCAAAGACAAUACUUAUCCUCUUCUCUAGGAAUAGGAUUGAUGACCAAAAAGGCUCUCUUUUGUUCUUUUUUGGUUCUGGUGUUUUGUAAGACUCCAUGGAAACUGAGUUGAGUUAGCAACGAAUUGUGAGUUUCUGUGGAUGUGUACGUAAAAGUUGCUGGUGAUUUUCUGUUUUUGGUGUUAUUAGGCAAUCCAUGAAAGCUUGAUACUUCAGAUUAUGAACGUUGUUCUCAUGAAUCAGAUUCUUUCUUUCUU